AGUGGAAAACAUAUUUUGAUUUAUCCAUCUUCCAAACCUCUGCACUAUCUCUUUCUCUCCGGCAGACACACGAUUAAGCUAUAAUGCAAACUUCAAUUAUAUCAUUCGGUGCUCCGCCUCCUCCUCAGCCUCCUAAUUCCUCACCUUGCUCGCUGAAAACCCGGCAGCCAAACACUCUAUUUUUCACCUCCACCUUCAACAACAGAGCUUCCACCUUAUCAACUCAAACGCUCUCAAGAAAGCUUAUCUGCAAGCCCCCUGCAGGAAAGUAUCUCAGCGACGAUUAUCUUGUGAAAAAACUAUCUGCAAAAGAAAUCCAGGAGUUGGUGAAGGGAGAGAGGAAUGUGCCACUGAUUAUUGAUUUCUAUGCUACAUGGUGUGGACCUUGUAUCUUGAUGGCACAAGAACUUGAAAUGCUCGCUGUUGAGUACGAAAACAAUGCAAUUAUAGUGAAGGUCGACACGGAUGAUGAAUAUGAAUUUUCUCGUGAUAUGCAGGUUAGAGGGUUGCCGACGUUGUAUUUCAUCAGCCCUGACCCAAAGAAAGAUGCUAUAAGGACAGAAGGACUCAUCCCGAUACAAAUGAUGCGCGAUAUACUCGAUAAUGAAAUGUAAAAGAGUACCGUUGCAGGUCAAGCUAGGCUUCUGUUUACUCUGAAAAUAUAGCUUGUAGUAUUAUUAUUGUUUCAGCGGUAGUAGAUGAUGGAAGAGAGACAGAUUAGGCUAGAUUUGCUUUUUCAUUUUUCCUCUCUUGUUUUAGAUGAGUGACUAUUUACGACUGCUGCAUAAUCAUUAGAUUUAUCAAUAUAUAAAAGCGAGUUUUGAUAAA